UGUGGACGUGUGUGUGUGUGUGUGCGUGUGCAUGGAGCAGUAAAUCAUAAGAAACAUCAUCUGCUCAUACCUCAUGCAGGAAGGGUUUUGCAGGAGUGAGGGAUGUAACAGUAAACCGAUCCCAGCGCUCAGCUCAAUAUCCUGCGUUAUGAUCUCCAGACUGCGGGAUGUUCUCGACGGUGAAGGCCUUUGAAGAGCAGCACUUCUCCGCUCUGAGGAAACAGUGCCAGCAGAACAGGACUCUGUUUGAAGACCCCAGCUUCCCCGCUGUGGACCAGUCGCUCUUCACUCAUGGAAACCGCAUCGGAAGUGUCACCUGGAAGAGGCCAAAGGAGCUGUGUGAAGACCCGCACUUGUUUGUGAACGGGAUCAGCGCUCAUGACCUGCACCAGGGGCAGCUGGGAAACUGCUGGUUUGUGGCGGCCUGCUCCAGUCUGGCCUCCAGAGAAGCUCUGUGGCAGAAGGUUAUCCCAGACUGGAAGGACCAGGAAUGGGACAAGCAGAAGCCGGAGAGCUAUGCUGGGAUUUUUCACUUUCGGUUCUGGCGUUUUGGAGAAUGGGUGGAUGUUGUUAUCGAUGACCGACUGCCGACCGCAAACGGGAAGCUCAUCUACUGCCACUCUAACGACAGUAACGAGUUCUGGAGUGCACUGGUGGAGAAAGCCUAUGCCAAGUUGUGUGGAUGUUAUGAGGCUCUGGAUGGCGGGAACACGGCCGACGCUCUGGUGGACUUCACCGGUGGAGUCUCUGAGCCAAUGGAUCUGCUGGAGGGGAAGUUCAUCCAGGAGGAGGAGGCCAGAAAUCAGCUGUUUGAGCGCGUGCUGAAGGUCCACAACAGAGGAGGCCUGAUCAGCUGCUCCAUCAGAGCCACGAAUCAGGCGGACAUAGAAGCCCGUUUAGACUGCGGUCUGGUCAAAGGUCACGCGUAUGCAGUGACUGAUUUGCAUAAAGUGCGCCUGGGCACCGGCCUGCUGGCCUUCUUCAAAUCAGAGAAGCUCUCUAUGAUCCGCAUGAGGAACCCUUGGGGUGAGAGAGAGUGGAACGGAGCGUGGAGCGACAGCUCAGAGGAGUGGAAGAGAGUGAGUAAGGGUGAGCGAGAGAGGUUGGGUGUGACUGUGGAAGAUGAUGGCGAGUUCUGGAUGGAUUUUGAGGAUUUCUGCAAGUAUUUCACAGACCUGAUUCUGUGCCGCAUGAUUAACACGUCAUACCUGAGCAUCCAUAAGACCUGGGAGGAGGAAGUGAUGCGGGGCUCCUGGUGUCGCCACGACGACCCUUUAAGAAACCGAUCAGGAGGCUGCAUCAACCACAAAGCCACGUUCCUGCAGAACCCACAGUAUGUGUUCAAUGUGACGAAGCCAGAGGAUGAGGUUCUGAUCUGCCUUCAGCAGCAGGACAAGAGAGCUAAAGAUGUCAAAGGAGACAAUGUGGCCAUCGGCUUUGACAUCCAAAGAGUGGAGCUCAACCGGACGUACCGCAUGCACACCAUCCAGAAAACAGUGGGCAGCUCCAUCUACAUUAACUCCCGCAGCGUGUUUCUGCGCAAAGACCUGAAGGAGGGCCGCUACGUCAUUGUUCCCACGACCUUUGACCCCGGCCUGCAGAGAGACUUCCUGUUGCGCAUCUUCACAGAUGUACCUGCUGCCUGCAAGGAGCUGAUGACAGACGAGCCGCCUCACACCUGCUGGACAGGCUGUUGUGGAUAUCCCAAGCUGGUCACACAGGUGCAUGUCCACCGAGCAGAUGGACUCCAGGCUCAGGACUCAGAUGGAGCGUCCGAUCCGUACGUCAUCAUCAGCUGCGAGGGACAGAAGGUUCACUCUCCGGUGCACAAAAACACACCGAGUCCGGACUUCGACGUGAAGGCUGUGUUCUACAGGAAGAAGCCGAAGGAGCCGAUCCGCAUUCAGAUCUACAACAGGAACCUCGUGAAGGACUCGUUCAUGGGUCAGGUGGUCCUGAGCGGCGAUCUGUCUGACCUGCAGACGCUUCACACGCUUCGUCUGCGGGACAAAGCCAACCGGCAGAACAACGAGGUUCCAGGUCUGCUGUCCAUGAGCCUCACCACCAGCGACGUCCUGACCAACAUCUGAGCGCUUCACGCUCUUUACCAUGCUCUGUGUCUGUACUUUAC